AUGGUAACUUUGGUCGAUCCAGAUACGAAAUAUCCACUUCCGUUGCUAAGCAAGCAGAUUGUCAGUCACGAUACACGAAAGUUUCGCUUCAAACUGCCUACCGAUGAACAUAUCCUUGGCUUACCAAAAAUGGUAACUUUGGUUGAUCCAGAUACGAAAUAUCCACUUCCGUUGCUGAGCAAGCAGAUUGUCAGUCACGAUACACGAAAGUUUCGGUUCAAACUGCCUACCGAUGAACAUAUCCUUGGCUUACCAGUCGGCCAGCAUAUUCACCUCUCCGCAAUGGUCGAUGGAAAACUUGUUGUACGUCCGUAUACGCCAAUCUCGUCGGACGAUGAUAAAGGAUUUGUUGAGCUGAUGAUAAAAGUUUAUUUCAAAAAUGUGCAUCCGAAAUUUCCAGAUGGGGGCAAAAUGUCUCAGCAUCUCGAAGGAAUGAAUAUAGGUGAGACAAUUGAUUUUCGUGGUCCAUCGGGGUUAAUAGUGUAUGAAGGCAAUGGUGUAUUUGCCGUGAGAGCAAAAAAGACAGCAGAACCGAAGCGCAGCACCUACAAAAAUAUUGGGAUGAUUGCAGGCGGUAGCGGGAUUACUCCGAUGCUUCAGAUAAUUUCGGCAGUGCUGAAAAAUCCGAAUGAUCACACAAAGCUAUCACUGCUUUUCGCUAAUAAGGAUGAAUCGGAUAUUCUGUUGAGAGAUGAGUUGGAUCGCUUAGCUGAGAAGCAUUCAGACCGAUUCCAAGUCUGGUAUACAGUUGAUCAGCCAACAUCUAACUGGAAAUACUCACAAGGGUUCGUUAAUGCAAGCAUGAUCGGAGAACAUCUGCCGAAUCCCAGUGACGAUACAGUGAUUUUGAUGUGUGGGCCGCCACCAAUGAUUAAAUUUGCAUGUUCACCAAGCCUUGAUGAGUUACAUUAUCCAAGCAGCAGUCGUUUGAUUUUUUAA